AUGCUUCGCCAUCUUCUCGUGAUUUUGUCAUCCCUGGCGGUGUUGAACAGCAACGAAGUGACCGUUCAGAUGGGCGCCGACGAUAACGAAUCUGACGCCGUUCGAGCACAGAAGCAGGAGAUUAUCGAAGCCACGAAGAAACUGUUGACAGCCAUCGGCGGCGGCGAUUUUGAAGCCUACAAGAAAAUGCGCCAUCCGGAUCUCACCAGCUUUGAGUCCGAAAGCAUAGGAGUCUUGGUGAAAAACAUGGAGUUCCAUCGUUACUUUAUUGAAAACGUUCUCCCACCUGGUGUCCUUCACACCCUUAUUGUCAACCCUCACGUACACAUGUUGGGGAAGGACGCCGCAUACAUCGCGUACAUACGUCUCACUCAGAGCGUGGGGCAGGACUUCAAGGGUAAGACGGACAGGGCGGAGGAGACUCGCAUCUGGCAGCGGAACAACGGCACUUGGCUCAACGUCCAUUUUCAUAGGACCGGCUCCACUUCACUGCACACAAAAUAA